AUGGCACACGUUCUCUUGCUCCGAGCAUCGAAUACCCCCGACGCCUACGAAUAUGCGUUCAAGUCCCGAGGGUACAAUCCCCUCUCCGUCCCCGUCCUCGAGACCACGUCCACAUCCUUGGAUCGUCUCAAAGACACCAUCACCGCGGGCCUCAGCAGGUGCGCGUAUGCAGGCGUGGUCAUCACUAGUGGACGCUCCUGCGAAGCUUGGAAGACCGUCGCGGGGCAGCUCGCCCAGAGCCAUGGAGACAUAGAGGGGGGAAACUCGGCCACAUGGGCCGACAUUCCCUUCUAUGUCGUCGGCGAGGCCACCGCGCGCGCCCUCGCCGACAUCGGCGCAUCCAUCGGCGCGCACCCCUUUGUACCCCGGGACAUCCGUGGUGCCGCCGAGUCUGGUACAGGCGAAAAGCUCGCCCACUUCAUCCUCCGCGACCUUGCCCCUAGCCCUGAGGGAAAACGUCUCCUCUACCUCACCGGUGACAAGAACCGCGAUACGCUUCCGAACAUCCUUGCUAGCGGCGGCGUCGCGCUCGACCCGCUCCAGGUGUAUGCGACGCGCGGCUCGUCAACGUUCCACAUCGACCUCGAGCGGGCGGUUCACGCGCAUCCAGCAAGCAUCUGGUGGAUCGUUUUCUUCUCUCCCUCCGAUGCCGACUUCGCAUCGCCCGCUCUGCGCGAGCACUUUGUCCUCCCUUCAACAGACUCCUCCGAGCUCUCCCCCCGGAUCGCUGCGAUCGGCCCAACGAGCGCGCGCCAUUUGGACGACAAGCUUGCCAUGCGGGUGGACGCUGUUUCGUCGAAACCGAACGCGGAGGCACUCGCCGCAUCAAUCGCCGGGUUCGAUGCCUCUAUCAGCACUCGAGUACCAUAG